UGCAAUCAAUAAUGUUCAUGAUCGUUUGAAGGAGGCAGGACCGCCAGAGGUCGCCUGGCGCAUGAGGGCAUAAUAAGGCAGUGUCCUCAAAGGGCCCAAGCUUUUAUCCGAUCUAUGAGCUCAACCAGAUCCUUCCUCAUUGGCUAAGAUACUACUAUUGAAGCAUCCGCGCAGUUUGAUCCUCAGUAUGGAUUUGUCUGACAGCAACGUCCUGGCUGCAGACUCGAAUCCAAGAGCUUCAUACUUGUGGGUAAUCACCUCAGGAUCACUGAUGCUAUCUAGUGCUUGUUAGGUUCGCCGCUAGCAUGUCAGAUACUUUUGCAGAAGCCUUCUAGAAACUAGCACUAGUGUAUAAGUGACGGCUUUUCUUGCACCUCCCAACUAAUUGCCCAUUAUGAGUGCCGCUGCUCUUGUGAAGGGCCUAAGGGCAGCAUUCGAAAGCUCCUUAGUGAAAGAUCACAUGAUCCUAUCUGAGUCGUGUCAUUUCUUAUUUACUCUGCUUGUCUUUCAGGUCUGUCAUUUCGACUCCAAUUGCCAUAAAUAUGGGGUUCCUCUCACGGUCUUCUUUUCGGACACGCGUUUUAUUGACGCGAACUAUGAGCUCAUGGAACGCGAAUCACAAUUUAUUCGAAUGUACUUCAGGCCGCUUCCUCAUUAUCAAAUAAGUUAUUUUGAAUUCGACGUGGAUGCCCUCGUCAGCGCUCUGUACUGUGCCACCAAGCGACCCGUCAGUGACCUGGCUUCCAUAUCAAAGCUAGCCGAAGGGGCCUUCAACCGCGUACUUCAAGCUACCUUCCACGACGGGUACGAGGUAAUCGUCAGAUUUCCAUACAGAACGACAGUUCCGAAACGGCUUGCUGCAGCGAGCGAAGCGGCUACGCUGGAUCUGCUUCGGCAUAAUGGUGUUCCAGUGCCAAAGGUGCUUGCGUAUUCUGCGGAUGAACCAAAUCCUGUCGGCGCGGAAUAUAUUAUGCUUGAGAAGCUUGAGGGAGUACCGCUAAGCGAACGAUGGUUCUCUAUGGAUAAUAAAAGUCGAGCGAAGAUAAUGAAACAGAUUGUGGAGGUGGAGAGGAGAGUUAUGAAGACCCCUCUCCCUGCGAGUGGAAGAUUGUUUUAUCGCAGAGCCCUGGCAGAGUCGCAAUUGAUCGUCCCAAUCCCUGGACAAUCCGAUCAGAUUGUCCUCGGUCCUACUGUGCAAUAUGAGUGGUGGUACCUGCGAGCGCAAUCUAUUUGAUGUUGACCGUGGCCCUUG